AAACCUGUUUAAUUUCUCUCUUAAUGGUUCGGUGACUUAUUGCCUAGUGAUCAAAUUUUAUUUGUUGUAUCAGGCACUGUUACGACUCAUUGGUUACACACUGGAUCUUUAUGUAAAGGAGCUUGCAUCAAUAUUUUUACAGAAUUGUCAAUUAUUGUUGCUCCAUUUGGAUAUUAUAUCUGUGUUAAUCAGUUCUUGUUAAUAUUCAUAACAUGGCUGCUACGCACUCUGAGGUGAAGCGCCACUCUGGCGCAAGGAGUUCUCGGAAGCCAGCUGAAGGUGGCAGGAAAACUGAGAAUAAGACAAGGGCUAAUAAUAAAAAGGAAAGAACUGAUAUCCCACCACCUCCAACGCCAGCUGAUGCUUCUUCCUCGCCUAUACUAUCUCCACCAACUGGUAUAUCCACGGAUAGCUUUAACAACAUAUUGUCCAAUUUUACUCAGGCACUAGCAAGUGCAAAUGGUAACCAACCAGGCUCUAAAGGAUCGCAAGAACAGUUAUUAUGCGAUAUGGGCAAGCUGUUCAUUUCAAGUAUGAUGACAUUUAACCAGAUACUACAGAACCAUGCUCUGAGUAGUAAUGAUCAGGCUGUAGCUCCUGUUGCAGCAGACACCAGUAAAUCAGAUACUAGACGUACCAAACCGAAUCGUUCCAAGGAAAAUGGUAAACGUGGCCCUAAAGUACAACCUCCUAGUCAAUCUACAAGCAGUGUUACCAAGCCUAACCGAGAGAAUCUGAAACCGAUAAGGAUUAACCCAGAAGACCUGAAUGAUUUCCCUCGGAAUCCUACUUCUGCGAUGCAAUGUGAUAGCUCUAACACAGUAGAUACACCCCCAGGGCCUGGUGAUUCCAAGGGCAACGUGGUUACAACAACUAAAAAUGGCAAGAUUCACAGGUCACAGCGUGAUAAAAGUGCCGUUGCUGAUGGCGCGAAGCAGGUAAACGCACGCAAAAAGAUGACUCCAGUGGAGGCUAUCAAGACGUCACAUGACAUGGUUACGCCCAUUUCAGAUGCUAACACUACGUGUUCCCCAGCUGCCACUACACAUUCAGAUAUAGGGAGUUCCGCAGAAGGAUGCUCAGUCAAAAGGGACUUUAGUACCGCUACUACACCGAGCAACGUUUUGGAAGUUGAAGAAAUGGCAUACCUAGAUGGCCUGGCGUCGGCAGGUGAACAGUUGAAUUUCAACAUAUACAAAUUUGUGGAUAGCUGCACCAAUGUAAAUGCAUUAUUAGAGCCAAGUGAACAGUAUGCAAUUGACAAGCUUGGCGCAUGGCUCGGUAACCAUGCAGAACCAAUGGUUAGCCCACGUGAGAACCAGGAAACAGCUGCCAAACCUGUCAUGCGAAGCCCCGUUGAAUUACUCCGAGCAGCUUUCAUGGGAGAUAUUGAAUCGCUAAAGGCACAAAAAAACAUUGAUGUGAACUAUGUAGACGAUGUAGGUCGUAGUGCCCUCCACUACGCCAGUGCAGCUGGAUCUGUCACUUGCGUGGAAUAUCUAUUGGCCAGCGGUGUGGAUGUCAACCUGGCUGAUAAAAAAGGAUGGAGAGCUAUACAUAUUGCAGUGUCAAAAAAUUAUACAGAUGUAACUCGAGUGCUUAUAGAUGGAGGAGCUGAUAUUUUCGCGCUGCUCAAACACAAAUGUGCCCCUGCUAGAUUAAUGGAUGUAUAUUCCCCUGCAAUUCACUUCGCAGCUAUCAAGGGUAACAUUGAGAUAACAUCUCUUUUACUGGCACAUGGAGCUACUGUAAACGAUCUAGAUUCAGCUAAAAUGACGCCAUUGCAUUAUGCAGCUUACAGGUCCAACCUGGAAUAUCUGAAAUUCCUGUUGUCCCAAGGUGCCGUCGUCAACAUGGUGGAUGUUAAUGGAAGGUCACCUUUCCACGCAUCGGCACUCUCUGGGAUAAUCGACAACCUACGCGCCAUGGUGGAGAAGGAGCCGUUCCUUAACUCCGAGGACAUCUGGGCACUGACACCCUAUAAACUAGCUGAGUUGCGGAACCACACGGAUUAUUGCAAUUAUCUUAAGGAGACGCUUAAUAUAUUUGAAGAAGACCCUGAUGAUAUAAAUCGAGUCCUGGCGUCUACUAUCGCCGUCGCUCUGCAGGAGCCUAACUCCGAUCAAAUUUACCGCUGUAUCAGCCGUAUAGGACCGGAGCUGUCCAAGACCGUGUUUGACCUAACCAUGCAAAUUGAGCGCAAUGGCGGAGUUUUAAUUGCAGAUGGUUCUAGAAGACGAACUAGUGGCGGUAUCUUCUUCACCUGCCUGCGUGAGUUGUACCUGAACGACAUCAUCUCAAAGGAUGAUUACAACUACAUACGCGCAGCGGAGAAUGAAAAGAGAAUUGCCAAAGCGAAAGAACGUCGAAACAAACUGAAAGCACAUGUAUAAUUUCUUUUUUCUCUGUAAUG